CGCUCCCGUCCGCCGGCAACGCGCCCCCGCCGUUUUGUCCUCUCGCCGCCUCGGCCUCGUCGUCUUCCUCGAGGUGGUGGCGAACUAAUGGCGGAGGUAGGUCGAGUUCGCCUCGGCCUUCCACUUCUCCUCGAGUUCGCCGAGGUGGUCGGCCUCCUCUACGUCGGUCCACCGGCGUCCACUUCCUCCCUCUGCUGCCCUCCGUGCCCAUGCGCCGGCCAGGGUGAUCGAUGCAAAACUAUGGGUCCGAUUUUUGGGGUUCUGCAAAUAUUCGGAUCGCGACUAGUAAUCGCGAUCCAAUUUAGAAGGUCGCGAUCUAAUUUAGGAGGUUUUGUAAAAAUAUUUGGAUCGCGAUUAAUUGUCGAUCCAAUUCAGGGGUCCUGUGUAAAUGUUCCUCCCGCCCCGCCGAGGUCGCCAUGGCUCUCCUCUCCCGCCGCCGGCGGCGAUGGCCGCCUCCUCGUCGCUCAUCAACUCGUUGUUGCUCAAGGCUGCAGUCGCCAUGUCUCUCAUCCACUACAACCGCCUCCCCACCAAACCCGCCCCCGCCGCCUCUCCUCCAUUGGAAGCGGAAGGUCCCAUGCUCCCGUUCCCCAAUCCGCGCCCCAACCAAGCCCAGCUCCACCGUUCACUCACCUCUCUUCUUCCGACCCAAGACAAGGACUGGAAGCUCGAGAUCCUCCGCCUCUGCGAGGGGCUCAAGCUCAUCCAAGGCGGCGCGCGUGCGGAGGACGCGGAGCAGCCGGUCGCGUCGUGUCUGUGCCACUUCUUCGACGGGUGCUGAUGGCGAGCAUUGGGUCGACGAGGUGCUCAGGAGGAGGUUCCUCAGGCUGGUGCGGUGGAAUGAGAAGCGACGGCGUGUCGAUCAACCUGUUCUCAGGAAUAACUUGAUUGUGAGGAUGAGAUGCAGCACCUUUGCUUGUCAGCUGAUUUCCUGGUUGAACUAUCAGACGGCAUCUUCGCUGGAAGAAAAGUUUGCUCCUCAUUUGCUACAUUUUCUCACCAAGCAGUAGACUUCAUUUUGAGUAAGUUACAGUCGUGCUGCUAUGCGGUUAAUUACUCUGAGCAAUAGUCCCAAGUCAUGCAUUCACCCUAAAGAAAAUGUGCGUGUUAACUUUGUCACUUAAAUUCAUAGUGCUCUGUAUAUCAGGUUGGUACUGUAUUAGUCCCCAAAUGUAAAUUCACGAUGAACUGCAUAGGUACUAAUGUCAACUUACCUGAUGCCUAGUGCAUUCUACUGUGAAAGAAAUGACUGUCAGUGUCAACAUACCUACAACCCAAUUUCAGUUGCCUACCCUACAUCACAUCACACUCCACUUUCACUGUUUCUUUUUCCCAUGUUAUCAUGUUAACCUCUCAGUAUAUACUUAAAGCAUGCAGGAUGACAUGUCAAGAAUUCAUGAGAACAUGCGCUUGUGGCCAUAUGUAAUACCCAAUAUGUGCAUGAGAACAGGAAAUAGAGCUUGCAAUUUUUCUCUUAACUAAGAGAGUGUUGUGAGGAGUUUAUGUUGCUUUGCAUACUGUCCAAGAAGUGAUCUCGAGAACAUCUUAGGUAUCACUUUGUCUACUCCAUUGGAACUGAUACAGGAAUAUUAAAUUGGUUAGAGGCCUUAUCAUGUUUUCUUUUACAUGAUUUCUCUAAAUUGUAUUUUAUAUUGAUCAGAUGUGCUGCCUCCAUGGUCUCUUGCUUUCAUUGUUACCUUUGGUAAAUCUUUUACCGAGUGCACUAUAACAGAGUAAAGUAGGAUUGCUCAACUCUAAUAAAUCUGAUAGUUGUUCGCUAAUAUUAUAUUUAUUUGUAUUCCUUCUAUAUUCUUCAAUGGUUUGCAGGAUGGGUUGACUGUCAUGUGCACAAUUCUGUGAGCAGCACUUGUUCCGUAAGUUAGGAAACGAGGAGUUCAUUGGCCAUCUGAUAAUCAUUUCAGUUUCUCAAAAGAUCUCAAGUAUAUCAGAAGGAUUGGUUCUGGCUGACCCGUUUGAUGAUACUUUCCCUGACAUGCAUGGCAAUAUAUUCAUUCAUAAUGUAAGUUUUCUUCUAUUCGUUCUAAUUUGGAUUAUAGAAGGGUGUUGACUCAUUAAACCAACAUGGUUGGCCGCUGUACCUAUCUUGACUUCAUGAUUGCCCAGUGUAUCCAUUUUGACUUCAUGAUUGCCCGGUGUAUCCAUUUCAACUAUCAGUUAAGAACAAACAGUUGACUUCAUUAUUACUGAACUAUGGAUGAAAACUAAGAAGUAGGGCUUAUUUGCUGAUGCAUAAUGGUUGUUAUGCAGAAUGUCAUACUGUAAAUAGUCUAAUGUGCUGUAGUUUCUGUUAAGAUACAGUCGAUUAUCUGUAUAAUAAUCUUUUCUUUUUUAAUUUUUGUCAUCAAUAUUUACCUGAAACAAGCUAGAUUGUGAUAUCUCCAGUUGCGCAUUUUGGAAUGCAUUGGUCAAGAAUUAUGAUUCAACCUUGUAAGCUUGAACCCAUUUGGCUUAUCUGAACUCUGUAGUCUGAACUGCUGUAUCUUUUAUGAAUUAUGAUCACAAGUGUCAUCAUUCUUGAAGAAAUUUUCUAUUGAUAUGCAAUGACGGGCUGCCGCCCUUCCCGGGCCCGGCCACCUGCUGGACAAAGUUCUCCUUGAUGGCCGCCGCGGUCUCCACGUGACGUCGUGACGGUGAACAAGCAGUAAUCCCGGCCAGCCAGCCUCUCCACGGCAGCGUACGGCGGCGUAAUCCGAAGGCACCAUGAUUCCGGAUGCGGUUGCAGACGUGGAUCGCUUCUCGUGCUCCUAACGUCCGCCGGAAACGCGCCCCCGCCGUUUCGUCUUCGUCGCCGUCGGCCUCGCCGCCUCGGCCUCUUCUUCUUCCUCGAGGAGUCGAGGUGAUAGUGGACUGGUGGUGGAGGAAGGCUAGCGCCUUCCACUUCUCCACGAGUUCGCCGAGGUGGUUGGCCUCCUCUACAUCGCCCCGCCGGCGUCCAGGUUCUGCCUCCGGUGCUUGCCGUGCCCUUGCGCCGGCCAGGGUGGUCGCUGCAAAACUGCGGAUCCGAUUUAGGGGGUUUUAUGAAAAUAUUCGGAUCGCGAUUAAUAAUCGCGAUAUAUGUAAAUAUUUGGAUCGCGAUUAAUAGUCGCGAUAGGGGGUUUUAUGAAAAUAUUUGGAUCCUGAUUAAUAGUCGCAAUCCAAAUAGGGGGUCAUAUGUAAAUGUUCCGCUCGCCCCGCCGAGAUCGCCA